GGGGCGCGCGGGGCGGGGCCGGCGGGGCGCGCGGCUGCACGUCCCGCAGCCCCGGAGGCAGCGAGUGGCCGGCGGCCGUGGCGCGAUGCUGCCCUGGACAGCGCUGGGCCUGGCCCUGAGCCUGCGGCUGGCGCUGGCGCGGAGCGGCGCGGAGCGCGGCGCCCCAGCAUUGGCCCCCCUGGGAGACCUCCUGUUCCUGCUAGACAGCUCAGCCAGCGUGUCCAACUAUGAGUUCUCUCAGGUUCGGGAGUUUGUGGGACAGCUGGUGGCGUCGCUGCCCGUGGGCCCGGGGGCCGUGCGUGCCAGCCUGGUGCAUGUGGGCAGCCGUCCACACACGGAGUUCCCCUUCGGCCAGCACAGCUCAGGCCAGGCCGCCCAGGCUGCUGUCCGUGCUGCAGUCCAGCGUAUGGGAGACACCAACACAGGCCUGGCACUGGCCUAUGCCAAGGAGCAGCUAUUUGCCGAGGCGGCAGGUGCCCGGCUAGGAGUGCCCAAGGUGCUAGUGUGGGUGACAGAUGGCGGCUCCAGCGACCCCGUGGGGCCCCCCAUGCAGGCGCUCAAGGACCAGGGCGUCACCGUCUUCAUCGUGAGCACUGGCCGUGGCAACCUGCUGGCACUGUCGGAGGCCGCCUCGGCCCCUGCUGAGCGGCACCUGCGCUUUGUGGAUGUGGACGACCUGCCCAUCAUCACGCAGGAGCUGCAGAACUCCCUCCUCGAGGCCAUGCAGCCGCAGCAGCUCCGUGCCCUCGAGGUCACAUCCGGCGGCUUUCGCUUGGCCUGGCCACCCUUGUUGACUGCCGACUCCGGCUACUACGUGGUGGAAGUGGCGCCCCACGCUGACCCAGCGGCCGCGCGGCGCCAGCAGCUGCCCGGGAACGCCACGAGCUGGACCUGGGCCGGCCUGGACCCCGACACGGACUACGCUGUGGCGCUGGUGCCGGAGUCCAACGUGCGCCUCGAGGGCCCCCAGCAUCUGCGCGUCCGCACGCUGCCAGAGGAGGCCGGGCCGCAGCGCAUCGUCAUCUCCCACGCCAGGCCGCGCAGCCUCCGAGUCAGCUGGGCCCCGGCACUGGGCCCGGCCGCCGCGCUCGGCUACCACGUGCAGCUCGGGCCGCUGCAGGGCGGCGCGGCGCAGCGCGUGGACGUGCCCGCCGGCCACAACAGCACCACGCUGCAGGGCCUGGCGCCGGGCACCGCCUACCUGGUGACCGUGACCGCGGCCUUGCGCUCCGGCCGCGAGAGGGCGCUGUCGGCCACAGCCUGCACGCCCGCCUGUGCCCGCGCCCGCGCCCGCGUCCCGCGCCCAGCGCGGCCCUGAGGCCAAGGCUGCGGGCGGCGCUCGCCAGGCAUCGGCCAG